GCCCCAUCUGUCUAUUACGACUCACGGAAGUUCUCGGAACCCUCGACGGUACUUAUCAUGUCUGCCACUUCUGUUCUGAAGGCUGCUAGCACUGAGCCUGACCAGGCGAAACGAAUCUCAAUAUAUCAAAACAUAAUCAGGACGACUGUUGCAGAUUCAGAUGAGGUUGCUGUGAAAGCCAAAGAGCAGGCCAUUCUUGAGCUGGGGGACAUUCUUGCUAAGAAUUCAGACGCUAAAGGUCUAGCCGAUUUAAUCGUGCUCACUCGUCCUUUUCUCAAGCAAAUCAGUAAGGCGAAGGCUGGCCGGUUGGUCAGGACUUUGGUUGACUUAUUCCUCGAUCUUGAGGCCGGCACUGGACGAGAAAUUGAUCUUUGCCGCGAAUGUAUCGCUUGGGCUAACGAAGAACGAAGGCUGUUUCUGCGGCAAGCCCUAGAAACGAGGCUCAUGGGUCUAUAUUACGAAAAUGAGUUGUAUGAGGAUGCACUGAAAUUGGGUGGAACCCUGCUGAAAGAGCUGAAGAAGUUGGAUGAUAAGGUGCUACUUGUUGAAGUUCAAUUGAUGGAAAGCCAAGUCUACUACAGGCUCGGUAAUCUCCAGCGCUCCCGAGCGGCGCUGACUUCCGCCAGAACAACAGCAAAUGGGAUCUACUGUCCUCCUCGGCUUCAGGCUUCACUCGACCUUCUCUCAGGUAUUCUUCAUGCUGCCGAUGAACGGGACUUCAAAACGGCCUGUUCCUACUUUUAUGAAGCUUUUGAAGGCUUUGAUUCAGUUAAUUCAAACCGCGCAGUUGACGCCCUGAAGUAUAUGUUGCUUUCCAAAAUUAUGCUGAAUUGUCCUGAUGAGAUCCCCGGAAUUCUCACGGGCAAGUUGGCUCUGAAAUACUCCAGCACGCAUCUGGACGCAAUGCGCGAGGUCGGGUUGGCUGCCAAGCAUAGGUCACUGGGUGACUUUCUGGCUGUCCGAGCGAAGUACGCUUCUGAAUUAUCUGAUGAUCCUGUUGUCAGUCGACACUUGAAUUCCUUUUACGACACCUUGUUUGGACAGAAUCUUCUCAAAUUGAUCGAGCCCUACUCCAGGGUCCAAAUAGGACACAUAGCUAAAUUGAUUAAUCUGCCGCUGGACACAGUAGAGAAAAAGUUGUCGAAGAUGAUACUGGACAAUGAACACAACGGCAUCCUCGAUCAAGGCUCCGGUGUACUGGUUUUACGUGAUCCACAAUGCGAAGGCAAGGACUAUCCGGAGGCUCUGGCGGCCGUCCAGGCUUUGAAUGGGAUCGUUGAUUUAUUGUUUCAAAAGACUACUAAACUUCGGUGACUUAUUAUGCCCUCUUCACGUUUUCCCUCCGUGUGUAGUCUGUUGACCGGUUGAUCGUGUUUCUCAUCACAUGGUGUUAGUUCACCUCCAAACGUUGCAUGUCGCCAUCCAUAUCGACCACUUCUAUUCGUCCUCUUUAUCUGCACUCCACCUGUGAGCUGUGAAUUACAAAUACACUCGCAUCAACUUUCAUCGGAGC